CGAGGGGGAGGGGGUGUCCCGUCGGCACGCGCAGACAGCGCAGACAGCAGGGAGCAGCUGCAGCAGGAGGACCUGGUAAUCAUUUACUCCAUUGCAAGUCACAUAUUCCUAUUUAGCUUAAAAUUCUAGAACCACAUUGUAUCAACGACAUCUAAAAUGGUAGAUCGUGAGCAACUGGUGCAGAAAGCCAGGCUGGCUGAACAGGCAGAGAGAUAUGAUGAUAUGGCAGCUGCCAUGAAAUCGGUCACAGAGCUGAACGAGGCUUUGUCCAAUGAGGAGAGGAACCUUCUUUCGGUGGCCUAUAAGAACGUGGUCGGGGCGCGGCGUUCUUCCUGGCGUGUCAUCUCCAGCAUCGAGCAGAAGACCUCGGCCGACGGCAACGAGAAGAAGAUUGAGAUGGUGAGGGCCUACCGGGAGAAGAUCGAGAAGGAGCUGGAGGCCGUGUGCCAGGACGUGCUCAACCUCCUGGACAACUUCCUCGUCAAGAACUGCAAUGAGACCCAGCACGAGAGCAAGGUGUUCUACCUAAAGAUGAAGGGAGACUACUACCGCUACCUGGCCGAGGUGGCCACCGGCGAGAAGAGGGCUACCGUGGUAGAGUCCUCCGAGAAGGCCUACAGCGAGGCCCACGAGAUCAGCAAGGAGCACAUGCAGCCCACCCACCCCAUCCGCCUGGGCCUGGCUCUCAACUACUCCGUGUUCUACUACGAGAUCCAGAACGCCCCCGAGCAGGCCUGUCACCUGGCCAAGACCGCCUUCGACGACGCCAUCGCCGAGCUGGACACCCUCAACGAGGACUCCUACAAAGACUCCACUCUCAUCAUGCAGCUGCUACGAGACAACUUGACACUGUGGACGAGCGACCAGCAGGAUGACGAGGGAGGGGAGGCCAACAACUAAAGAGUCCGAGCUCCUGGUCCCCCAACACACACAACACGCGCGCUCACAAAUGACAAGUAAAAAAAUACAAAGUUCAUAGAAAUAAAAAAUGGGGCCGGUGGAAAUAUCGGCAGCCACUUUUGCUGAUGAUACCGCAGCUGCAGUUCUUUAUUUUUCCACAAAUUUAAAGUGAAAGAAAGAGAGUUCAAAGAGGAGUAGGAGAGAAGAAUUUAAGUUUAAGAAUUACUUAAGUAACAAAAUAAGACCCCUCCUUAGCAACAGUUGCCAAAACAUCACUUAGAGGGCAGAGGUUCUGUCAGGCAGUGGGGCUAUUGGGUUAAAGUGACCGCCUUGAGCUGGCAUAGUCUUCUAACUUCUCCAAGGUGGAGAUGUUUAAUUGUACAAGGUUCGGGAGGAGCUUUUAAAAUCUUAGGAGAAGUUUGGUUCUUGAGCAAGAAGAAAAUCAAGCUAUAUAGCGAGUAAAACCUUGGGCGCUAUCGCAUUUCUAAAAGAAUGAGUUUAGCAAAUGGGUUGCUGAGAGUGAGACAAGGUGUUGUUGAUGAAACAAGUCACCUGAGAGAUAAUAGCUUAAUGGAAUAUAAGUUGCACCACACAAGGAGAAUUGUGUGGAAGCUGUUUGUCUCUGUGACAGAACAUUCAUAACCAGUUUUGUUCCCACUGUGCUAGAUACGUGUCAAGCCCUGAUAGUCAUACUUAAUACAGUCAGUAAACCAGUACAGCAUAUCCAUCUCAUGAUCCUCAUGAUACAUACACACAUGCAUUUUUUUCCGGGCACCUGAAUAUUAUUGUGAGUAUCAUUAUUAUAACGUUAACAUUGAAUGUCCUGGGUCAAACAAUACAGAAGACACAAACAUUUUAAGUCGCAUAAAUGAAGUAACUGAAAAUUGUAUUCAACAAUUUACUACCCCAGGAUAACUAAAUCUUGUGCUUAAAAAUAUUUAGCUUGAUUCCGUUCAUCCCCGAAAUGACUCACAGAGUCGACAGGAAACGCUCUAUUAACGGACUAAUUACAAUUUGAGGAUAGAGCACUGGAAAUGUCAACUGUAAGAUUAUCUAAAAGUAACUUUUAGGUUUGUGGAUUUCCUUUUGUAUCCAUUUGUUCAAUUGCCAAGAAAUGCACUUGCCUAUAAUACUGUCUCUUCAGUGUUAAACUGCUCCAAUAUUCUCCAUAAUACAAUUAUGUGCAUGCUGGUAAAAUAUUUCUAUACAGUAGCUUGACUUAAUUAACUUAUAUUGUAGAUGUUAUGUAUUCAUACAAAUAUGAAAUUAGUAGACUUUUGAUUAUUUUCUAUUUAUUACUUUGAUCGAUUUUUCUCUCCCGUGUUUUCUUCGCUCCAUGUUCUGAAGUAUGCUAUACCAAAACAGUGAUUGCUAACAAUAAAUUGAUGUGUUAUUGACAUUUCUGUGGUGACAUGCAAUUCUUUGCUGACAGAGGGGAGGGGAGAAAAACAUAAUUUGAAAAAAAAUAACAGAUUUAUGUUUUGUUUGUCUAUAAGCUUUUUUGUUUAUGCCAUUUCUGUCAGAUUAUGCAGAGAUGUUUCUAGAAUGGCUCUGUGUUUAUGUAAGGUUUAUUCAUGGAGAAUCAUUUGUUUCUUACACUUGUUUCACUUUCAGGGUUCUAAUGCGUGACCUUAAAUGUGAAUUAUUAAUGGUUGAACCAGAAAAAAACGGAAGAAAUAGUGUUGACAAAGUCAAUAAUCUUGAAUGAUUAAAUUCCCUGAACUAUAUUUAAAUUCGACAAUUAUGUAAUCCAUUUCAACAUGGGGCUUUGUUUUUUAUAAAUGUGCUUCGCAUUCAUUGUCAUUUUUGAAGAAUUUGUUGAGACCAAUUUUCAUGGUCUGGGCUAUAUUGUGUAAGAUGGGACAGGCAGACAUAUGAGUAUAUAUUGUACACUAAAUAUAACUAUAUGAAGAGUUUUCAUAGUAUAAUAUAUAAUGGAUUUAAUAUAAUAUGCAUGGUUCUUUGGGAGAUGUUGGGACAGGAACUGCAGAGACAGAGUAGUAUUAGAAUGCACAGCUGCUUUAAACCAUCCUCUGGGGCCAUCUCAGUUUCAUGGGGGCCUUCAAAUGUUGCUUCUAGUCGGAUUUCUGGCAUGUGGUCAUCACUGACAGUUAGGCAGCCAUUUCAAAGCUGGAUGCUUGCUAAUUCAAGGCAACAUUAAGAUUGAAAUCUACUACUGUCGCGUUGGAUAGCCCCCCAGCUGCAAAACCCUGGAAAGUGAGAUGUGACCAGAUAAUGGCAUGUCCAACUAACACGGAGGAUAGUCAGGGUACAUGUGUGGCUGCCCUGAAACCACAGGAUGAGUGGGACGGUUUUUCUUUAUUUAUUUGUGUCACCAUUUGUAUUUUCCUCUUUAAUUUUCUGAUGCAACCACUUUACGUUUCCAUAACCAAUGGUCACCAUGUUUUCACCGAUAUGAAAGAUGAUUCAAUGAUGAUGAAUAAAAAGACAGUAUGUUAUUGUGUUCCUAUUUCUGCAAACGCUGUGAUGGAAGCUACAAAUGUACCGAGGCUCAGUCUCCUUUGAAUUAGUUCAAGUAAACUCUGGUGGUUUUGACUGAAUUGUACUUUCGACAACUAUUAAACCCACUGAUCAUUCUGUAUCUUACAAUGAUGAUACUGUAGCAUCUGAAUAUUAGGACGAUCCCACCAUGGCUAAAACCCAAUGUAUUGCCCAGCAUUGAAUGCAACACUGGUAUGUAUCAAUAAAACUGUUGGAUCCUG